AUGAUCGGCUGCAAAACUGGGGAAAUUGAAAUAUAUCAAGCCGAUCGAACAAGUAUUCCUGUUUUUAUAACAAAAGUGACAGAGAAACCGAUAUAUCAUAUUGAAAUCAUGUCAAAAAAGAAUAUACUCUUGGCUAAAACAGGUAGAAAUGAUUUAGAAUUUUUCUCCCUACCAUAUUUCUCAGGGAAAUCUUGGGUUUACAAUAUGAAACACCUAAGGCCAAUUUUAGAAAAUUUUUCCAAUGAAUUUCUUUGUGAACAAAAUUUCAGUAUCUACGAUUCCAAGUUAGCCAUCACCAAUAAAGUUCAAGAAGUUUCUGUGUUUGAAGUAUUAACAGUUGGGAGCAAAGAUGUUAAAUUGAAGUGCAUAGCUAAUUAUAUAAUUGAUGCAGCCAUUGGAUUUAUUUCAAUAUGGACUGAUGAAGUGAUUAUCCUUUUUAAAUCUGGAGAAAUUCUUCGAUGGUGUUUGUCAACUGAAAAUAGUAGUUUAUCUGAUAGAUAUCAUGAAAUACAUUAUGAAAACCCCGUAUGGAUUUUCCGUGGAAUUAUAUUUUGCUCUACUUUCAUUUCAUCUCAACUGUUAGGCUACUGGCAUAUGAAUAGAGGAGCAGAUUAUUGGCUUUUAGGAAAACCUACGACAGAUUUAGUACGUUGCAGGGAUUUAGGUACAACAUUUGAUGUUGAUACUCAUGCGGAAAAUGUAUUAUGCGUUUGCCUACGUCAAAGACUUCUUGCAUGUGGAACAAAAGAUGAAGAAUUUAAUAGAGAGCCGGAUCUGAUAAUAAAAACUGAAGAAAGGCCAUUAAAAAGAAUAUACAUUCAGUUUUUAGACAACUGUAUUAAAAUUUACACUUGGUAA